AUGGCGACACGUCGACGGAAGGUUGGCGAGAUGCUGCUGUUGUUGUUGCUGCUUCUGGCAACGGCGACGACUGCCCAGGGAGGAUUCUUCGGGUGCAACCACAGCCUCUUCUUCAACUCCUCUGUGACGUCGCUGGCGCUGAAAAAGUUCUACAACAACACGAGGGGGCGCGAGAAGUGGCCUAGUCAGUUUAGCAGGGGCUGGGAAACAGAGGAACCGUGUGCGUGGGACAACGACGAGCGGGCGCAUCCUCCACCAUCCGGCACGCGCUGCGUGAACGGCGGCUGGCACGCGUUUCCCCCAGAAGGAGAUGGCGGACUGCUGUUCCUGGAGCACUACAGUGGCGAAGCGGAGGGCAAGGUCCCGGAGGAGUUCAAGGCCUUUCAAAUGACGAGCACUAUUGGGCUUGCGUAUAACAAGCUGAGUGGUCCUUUGUGGGACACCAGCUACCACUGCUUUCUGCAGAAGUUGGAUGUGGCGCACAACCGUUUUAGUGGGACACUGCCGGAUAACUUUAUGAUAAGAAAUAUUCAUGCGGAAAUCAUCAAUCUGGCGUACAAUCAAUUUGGCGGGAGGCUGCCGAAAACACUGCCGACAUUGAGUAAUCUCGUGGUUCUCCUGCUGGAUCACAAUGAGUUCGACGGGGAAAUACCGGAUCUAAGCAGCUUGCAGCAGCUGCACCAAAUAUCGCUUGGUUACAACAAAUUCACCGGGAAGCUUGGCGAGUGGGUAGGGAAACUGCGCAGCCUGGGGUGGUUGGAGCUGGAGCACAAUCGGUUGGAGGGCCCGCUUCCCCCGCUCCCAGGCAACAUUACGCGUGUAAACUUCGCCGGGAACAGUUUCACUGGGGAGGUGCCAGAGGAAUAUAGUCGGCUUGGCUACUUGCGGUACUUCAACUGCACUGGAUGCAAGUUGACAUGCCCGAAGAACGAUCUUCUGAGUCACCUUAAGUUCUCAUCUCACUGCACAACCCGUGGAGCUACCCCUUGA